GUGUGUACAAAGUGUCGAGCUUGACUGUACAAAGUGUCAAGCUCGACGUGCUCUUGACUGUACAUACCUCGAGUUACGAAUUGACUCGUUACUGGAGUAACUCGAGUUAAAUAACUCGACUCGCCCAUCGUUAAUUUUCCAUUCUUUCUUUAUUUCACCGAAUAAAAGAGUACUCUAAUUUCUAGUGUCUUUGAUGUGGUUAUAUCCAUUUGUCUAUGAUGAUUGCCAUUUCGUUCAUCUUCAUUUUGUGGUUGUGUUACUCAUAAUAAAUUACUUACAAGUAAUCAUAAAAAAAGUACAUACAUUUCGUAGAGAUACAUUUGUAUGCCAUCGUUUACCUAUUUGGCGAAUUUGCCAUGCGCUGAGUUAUACCUGCGUGCACUUGAAGGCGCAUAUCUGUUGUAUCUAACUAUUGAUUAACAGGUCAACGUAACGUUUGGAAAGUCAUCGAGGAAUCUUUAUACUGACGACGCAAAAUCGGAGAAUCUAGUACUUCAAAGAGCUAAGAUUAUCUAUUCGAGAUGGAAGAGACAUUGCCUAUUGGUGAUCUCGAGAUCAAAGAAGAGCAGAAAGUUAUUGAUGUAGGCAUACUUCACCAGGUUAUUGGCAAAACACUGUUUAGAUCAGUCGCUUUAGAUAUUGAAAAUGCACACACAGAGGUCAUAAUGACUGACUAUGCUGAUAAAUUUAUGGUUAUAAUAUCUCAAUACCCCAAACUUGGCACUGUGUUUCUUGUCAGGCGAAAUUUUGUUAAUGAUCUUCAAGGAAAACAAGCCAUUUAUUCUACAAGAGUUGUUUUUGGUGCUGCAGGAGAAGAACAGUUUGCAGCAGCACGGUAUAUUGGCGAAAUCAUUCCAAUUGACAAACCCAUUAUCCUCUUUCUCAACCUUCAUUCCUACAAUGCUCCUAUGUUAAAAGCGUUGAAGACCCUUUUAGUUGAACUCAUACAUCACGAGUUUUAUGAAGAACACUAUGAAAGCGAGUACCGGGAUUACGACCCAGACAACCCUUGUGGUGUAGACCUCAGAAAUCCCCUCCCCAACAGUUUCUGGGUGAAAAAAAGCAAUGGAUCUAACCAAGAGAAUGACAAACCCGACACUGAACAAAAAAUUUAAAUCUGUUCAAAAGUACUAUGGCCAAUUGGUACUUGGACCCCCUGGUGCUGGGAAAACCACCUAUUGUGGUGCUAUGGCUGGAGUACUUAAGAAGUUAGGAAGGAAGGUUGUUAUAGUAAACUUGGAUCCAGCAAAUGAUUUGAUGUCAUACGAACCAGACAUUGACAUCAGAAAUCUAAUUGUAUUGGAAGAGGUAAUGGACCAGUAUAAACUUGGCCCAAAUGGUGCUUUAUUGUAUUGUAUGGAAUAUUUGGAAAAAAAUUAUGACUGGCUAUUGGACCAAUUAAAUGAAGACAAUUCAACAAAUUACAUCUUUGACCUCCCUGGUCAAGUAGAGCUUUAUUGCCAUCAUGAGAGCUUAACCAACAUUGUUGCAAAGUUAGCAAACGAAGCUCACUUUCAACUUUGUGUUGUUCACUUAAUUGAUUCUCAUCAUUGCUCAGAUGCAGGGAAGUUUAUAGCAGCCUUAAUGCUCUCAUUGAGCGCCAUGCUAAAGAUAGGCUUGCCACAUAUUAAUUUAUUGACUAAAGUUGAUUUGCUUAAGAAACACAUGGACAAACUACAGUUUGGGAUUGAUUUUUAUACAGAUGUGUUAGAUCUUAACUACUUACUGGACUGCUUAGAUAGUGAUAACUUUAUGAAUAAGUAUAAAAAAUUAAAUUCAGCAUUUGUAUCCAUUAUUGAAGAUUACAGUCUGGUUUCCUUUCAACUUGUAAACAUAUUAAAAGAAGAAAGUUUGAUAAAUGUAAAGAACCUAAUAGAUAAAGCGAAUGGUUAUGUGUUUAAAUCGGAAGAAGGUAGACAUAUAAACAGCAUGUUGGCUUGCGCCAUGGGGGUUGAAGACCCAAACAAAAGUAUGCUUGAUGAAUUUUGAUGAUUACUUGUUCAAUUACAUAACUUGAUGUAUUAUUUAUGUCAUAGUUGCAUUGCAUUGUCCAUGUAAUAAUGUCC